AUGGCUCUAAUUAUCUAUGUGGAUGACAUUAUCAUCACGGGUCCUUCUAUUGAUGAUAUUGCUCGGGUUAAAUGCUAUCUUCAUGACUUAUUCACCAUUAAGGAUUUAGGCGAUGCAAGAUACUUCCUUGGGCUUGAGAUAGCUCGUGGCUCAUCUGGUCUAUACAUUGCUCAGACAAAAUAUACCUUGGAUAUCGUCAGGGACACCGGACUUCUUCAUGCCAAACCUGCGUCGAGUCCUUUUCCUCCUGGACUGAAGUUGGCUGCAGCAUCUGGUCCUCUGUUUUCUAAUCCUGGCUCUUAUAGGAGACUUGUUGGACGGCUACUCUACUUGGGAUUUUCUCGAUCGGACAUCUCCUACUCCGUCCAACAACUCAGUCAAUACCUCAAUCAACCUUGUGAAUCACAUUGGAAGGCAGCGUUACAUGUGGCGUCGUGUUUGGAUUCUAGACGAUCUCUUAUCGGGUACUGCGUAUUCCUUGGGGAUGCGUUGGUGUCUUGGAAAACUAAGAAACAGUCGACUGUUUCUCGAUCUACAGCUGAGUCUGAAUACAGGAGCUUGGCCUCGACGGUUUGUGAACUUCGUUGGAUUUCUUAUAUACUAUCUGACUUCAAUGUCCCUCAUUCUCUACCGGUUGAAUUAUUUUGUGACAAUAAGGCCGCGUUGCACAUCUUGGCAAACCCUGUAUUCCACGAACGUACUAAGCACAUUGAGUUGGAUUGCAAUCUUGUUCGCGACGCUUACAAGGAUGACUUUAUUUCCCCCUCAUUUGUUCCUGGUGUUCUACAGUUGGCUGAUGUUUUUACAAAAUCUCUACCUCUGAAAUCCUUCGUGUCGCUUAUUUUCAAGUUGGGCCUGGUUUCCUUCGAUCUCAGUCCCACUUGUGGGGGGCUAUUGGAGUUAGUCAUCACCUUCACCAUCAAUCUAAGUUCCAGCAGCAGCAGCAGCAGCAGCAUGUUCAGCACCUUGAUGAAAAUGAAGCAGACGCUGAAGAACUCUUGGAUACAGGGUGAAGGACAAAGCGCAUUAUGA